GACGUCAGUACAGUAAUGGCACUGCAGCGUGGGAGUACAUGUGGUUGAGCAUCGUAGACACAGUGUAGCGACAUCGGGGGAACCGUGACCGGGCAAAUCUGUCACAGAGCUAAUAACACGGAGCGGAGAGACUGCCGAGGAGCGAGUUCGUGCUCGGUAUGCACUAAGAGUCCACGUUACGAGUAACGACUACGUGUCUCCUUUGAUAAGCCGUUAUGAAGAUACACAGGAAUAAGAAAACUGCGGGGUUUCGUUCUAAGGGCAAGAAAGGUAUAAAAAUUAUUGGAAAAUGGAAGCCCGUCUCGUUGGAUCCCAGUCUGUUUCCUGAUGAGAAGUUGGAGGAAAUCGUAUGUUUCGAGGAGCUUACUGAUUAUAAACUGGUAAAGUCUUCAAAGGAGUUGAUAAAAAAAGGUUUGAAAAGAAAACACGAUGGGGAGGAUACAGGGGAGGGCGAUGAGGAUGAAGAACAGAUGACCAAGUCCAAAAAAAAAAGAAAGAAGCGUAAAGACAAGUUUGAGUCCAAACAUGAAAGCGAAGAAGCCGACGAUGACUGCGAGGAUUUGCUUCUCCAUGAAGAUGAGUCUGAAGGCUUGGUUGUUAGCGAGGAUGAGCCGCUCGACACUGGAAGUGUAAAAAGUGAAGAUGAGAAUGCCGAAGAAAUCAUUGAACCAAACGAGCAGCCGAAAGGCAAAAAGAAGAAGAAGAGAAGGAAGUCAAAGAAAACGGCGGCCAAGGCCACGGGAAAUCCGCCGGCUCCAACAUCUGCAAAGAAAUUAAAGAACUGGGCUGCGAGCGAUGCGGCCGGUUCCUCCGGUAAGAAUGCCGAUGUUUCUGCAUGGAAGGACCUCUUUGUUCCAGAACUGGUUCUCCAAGCGCUCAGCUAUCUGGGAUUUUCUUCUCCAACCCCGAUUCAAGCCUUGGUUCUGCCUCCAGCGAUCAGAGACAAAAUGGAUAUUCUGGGGGCUGCAGAAACGGGAAGCGGUAAAACGCUCGCCUUUGCCAUUCCUAUGAUUCAUUCCAUACUGGAGUGGCAAAAGAACAAAGACGCCGACGGCGAUGAAGAGAAAACGAAUGAUUCUUCGGAUGGGGAUGGACAGGGGCCGGCUGAGGUUCCAGAGACGGAGGAAAACCAAAAAACUGACCAUGGAGAAGGCGACGAGAGCAGUCAGGACGAUGAUGAAGAUGAUGAUGAUGAUGAAUUGGGGUGUGUGAAGGUUGUUGAAGAUGUGGACAUUAACUUCAACCCUGCUCCUCCUACUAAUGCCCCAGCGUGGGACAAAAGCAGGCCGCUGCUUGGGCUCGUAGUGGCUCCCACUAGAGAAUUAGCUGUACAGGUUAAACAUCACAUAGACGCAGUCGCCCGCUUCACAGGCAUCAAAACUGCAAUUAUUGUCGGUGGAAUGGCUGCACAAAAACAAGAACGAGUGUUAAAUCGAAGACCGGAAAUUGUCAUAGCAACCCCCGGCCGCGUGUGGGAACUCAUCAAGGAGAAGCACCCGCACCUAUCCAACCUCCGACAGCUUCGGUGUCUAGUUGUUGAUGAAGCAGACAGGAUGGUUGAGAAGGGUCACUAUGCUGAGCUGUCUCAGCUUCUGGAGCUGCUGUCAGAUGUCCAUUUUAACCCCAAAAGACAAACCUUUGUGUUUUCGGCCACGCUGACGUUGAUCCAUCAGGCGCCUACCAGACUCCUGCAGAAAAAAAACUUCAAAAAGAUGGACAAGGACAGCAAACUGGAGUCUCUGAUGCGUAAGAUCGGUAUGAAGUCCAAGCCCAAAGUCAUCGAUUUAACCAGGAAGCAGGCGACGGUGGAGACCCUCACUGAAACCAAGAUCCACUGCACCAACGACGAGAAGGACUUUUACCUCUAUUACUUCCUACUCCAGUACACAGGGAGAACCAUGGUGUUUGCAAACAGUAUCGACUGCAUCAAGCGGCUGUGCUCUCUGCUCACGAUCCUGGACUGUAACCCGCUAACCCUGCACGCCAACAUGCACCAGAAGCAGAGGUUAAAGAACCUGGAGCGGUUUGCUGAGCGCGAGAGCUGCAUUCUGCUUACCACCGAUGUGGCCGCGCGGGGUCUGGACAUCCCUAACAUUCAACACGUCCUGCAUUACCAGGUCCCUAGGACGUCCGAAACGUACGUUCACAGAAGCGGCAGAACAGCACGUGCUUCCAGCGAUGGUCUCAGUUUGCUGCUCAUCGGACCGGAUGACGUUCUUAACUUCAAAAAGAUCUGCAGGACCCUCAAUAAAAAUGAGGACCUCCCAUUCUUCCCAGUGGAUGGAAAGUGCAUGAAUGGAAUUAAGGAACGUGUCAAUUUGGCGAGACAGAUUGAGAAGAUGGAAUAUUUCAACAGCAAAGCAAAGCACCAGAAAUCAUGGAUACAGCAGGCUGCGGAGGCCCUUGAGAUAGACCUGGAUGACGAUGAUGAGUUAAUAGGAGGGAAGCAGAACGAAGAAGAAGACAGAGAGAAGGAAAAAGCCGUGAAAGCGAUGAAGAAGCAGUUAAAGCGGCUGUUAUCGCAGCCGGUCUUCAGGAACAUCAUCAAAACCAAAUAUCCCACGCAGAGCGGGAAGCUGACCCUUCCGACUCUCCUAACCAGCAAAGCAGAGAGCGCCCUGCAGACUAUCUCCAAACAGAACUCCAAGGAAACCACGAAGAAGAAGAAACGGAAAGGCGCAGGCGCGGUCUGAGUUACUGUGAAUGAUUCCCAAGGUGAAUUAAUAAAUUCUGUUUUAUACCACUAAA